AUGAGACCCAAGCUGUCCGUCGUCACUUCGACCGCGCAGAGUCUUACUCGUCCUUCAUUAUCGCUCAAGUCUCCUGGUCCUUUCCCCCGCACGCCAAUCUCGCCGGUUCCCCCAAGCCCGGGCGGAAAGCGUUUCUCGAGUAUUCAAGCGCAAUCGUACAAUUACACCAAUUCGUGUAAAUCAAAGAGCAUCCUCAAGAAGCAGCCCAUGGCCAGUGCAACCAGCCACGCAGAGAAGCGAAUCCAAUUCCAGGGUACUCCUACCGUACACUGCGUAACGCCAAUCGAGAACCCCGAGGAGUACUACGGCACCUACAAGAAACUGUCAAAGGAAGAGCGACGCUGGAUGAUCUGCCAAAACCCGGACCUUAAGGUCGACAGUUGGGUUCCCGGAGACGGCAUGCUUUCUGGCGUCUGCGCCCGGCUCCGACAUUGGGAUCGUCGCAAGAAUCCAAAAUUUUGCAUUGUUGGUGCAACUUUCGAUCAUCUCUCAAUGCUGAUUUCGAGAUCUGCAUCUGCUCUCCUCCGUGGGAGAAUAUGCAGUGCUUCAAAAGUUAUUCAGACAGCCCGGAAUCGAGGACUUCUUACCCUCGCCAUUGAAACGUCAUGCGACGACACAUCAGUUGCGAUUGUUGAGAAAAAUGAUCGAUCCAGAGAUGUUUCCGCGAGAAUUCAUUUCCUCGAGAAUGUCACGGCAGAUACCAGGGAAUAUCGAGGCAUUCACCCUAUUUUAGCACUUGAAUCGCAUCAAGAGAACCUGGCCAAACUCGUCCAUAAGGCGCUCCAGCACUUACCAUCAGUAUCAGAAGACGGCGAGGAUAGAUCGAAAUUGAUAAAACUGUCAGAUGGUUCUCAACGGCGCAAGCCGGAUUUCGUCUCGGCCACCCGCGGGCCUGGGAUGCGUGCGAACCUCUUCACUGGACUCGAUACAGGCAAAGGGCUGGCUGUCGCAUGGCAGAUCCCAUUUAUCGGCGUCCAUCAUAUGCAAGCUCAUCUCCUGACCCCUCGACUUGUUUCCGCCUUGAGCCGAGCGCAACAUGACAGCGAUGUCGCCUCUACCAACCAACCCCUAACCCCCGAGUUUCCCUUCCUGUCUAUACUUGUCUCCGGUGGCCAUUCAAUGCUCGUCGAGUCUACCUCUAUCACAGACCAUACGAUCAUGGCCACGACUGCGGAUAUCGCGAUCGGCGAAUCUCUCGAUAAAGCAGCACGAGAGAUUCUCCCAAGCUCGGUCCUCAAGGAAGCCAAAACUACAAUGUACGGCAAACUGCUGGAACAAUUUGCCUUCCCCGGCGGCAGUGCUGAUUGGAGCAGCUACUGUGCUCCCAAGACCCGAGGGGAGGAGCUGAUCAAGCAGCCAAGUCCGUGGGGCUGGACCCUCACGUCUCCAUUCGCUAAUACCCGUCAGUUGCAGUUCAGCUUCUCUUUUUUACCGAGCAUGAUAACAAAACUGAUGGGGGCGAAGAAGACCGCAGGCGAGGACGUCUCGGAUGAGGAGCGAGUUACUCUGGCCCGUGAGGCGAUGCGCGUCUGCUUUGAACAUCUUGGUUCGCGUACGAUCAUCGCUCUUGAGGAGCUGCAGCAGAAAGCGCGGAACAAAGGUGUCCCAGAGAUCAAAACUCUUGUUAUUAGCGGUGGAGUCGCGGCUAAUAGGUUUCUGAUGGCUGUGCUGCGGUCGUUCCUUGAUGUCCGCGGGUUCGGACAUGUUGAGAUUGUUGCGCCGCCGCCGUACUUGUGUACGGACAAUGCGGCCAUGAUUGGGUGGGCUGGGAUUGAGAUGUUCGAGGCAGGCUUCAGCACGGAUCUCAGUGGCAGAGCUCUUAGGAAGUGGGCUCUUGAUCCCCGUGCUGAGGAUGGCGGUCUUUUGGGCGCUGACGGGUGGAUGAUAAAGUAA